CGUUGGAUUCCUUUAUCAAACCCUCAAAAAGACCUUACGAAUAGUUCUCCAACCGAAAUAUUUAAACCAAAGUAGGGUUUUAUCUGAUUUAAGUCCCAGUAGGGUGCAUUCACUGGUACAACGGCCUCUAAUAAUGGUGACCCGUGUAUAAUAUUCACCGCUGCGUCGUGACAGUGCAGUGAGUAAUGAUGAUUUAUUGCCCCCGCACACCCUGGAUUCUCUUACGCGCCGGCAAAUACUCUGACACUCUUCCGGCUCACUACGUCGCGAGCAGCGCUUAUUAAUCCUAUACCGCAUGUUAGAGGUGAUUUCUCGUCCGGAUAGCGACUGAUACACAUCAUGAAGUGGACUAAGCGAUCGUGGAUAUUCGCAUUGUUAUUGCUGGUAAUUGUACGAAGUACAAAUGGAGCGUGCUCCGGGACGCUGGGCAUGACUUCAGGGGACAUCGCAGAUUCACAAAUCACAGCGUCGUCAACAUUUUCCGACUUUACGAAACCUGAAGCAGCCCGUCUCAGGAAUACUGGGUCUAUCGAGCAGCUUACGUUCGGAGGCUGGUGCGCGAAGGACGGUGACACGGAGCCGUAUUUACAGAUAGACUUCGCAAGAGAAACCGUGCUACGAGUCAUAGCGACUCAAGGUCUUGAACAGCCUUCUGGGAACUGGGUGACGCGCUACGCUGUUAAUUAUAGCUGCGAUGGCAAGACUUGGAGGGAGUACAAGGAGGAGAACAAGCGAAAGAUUUUCUCUGGUAAUGACGACGCGCAGAGCAUUGUACGAAAUGCACUCAGAGUGCCCAUCAUAGCGAGGCUCAUCCGCGUGCUACCUCUGGACAAGAAACAGCACGGGCUCGCAUGCAUGCGACUGGAGAUGUACGGGUGCUACGAAGAGGAAGCAGCCGCUGGUUUCACCGAGUGCAAUAUUGCAGUGGGAAUGGAGGACGGACGCAUUCCUAGUGCCCAGAUCACCGCGUCCUCCUUCACAGGAGAUCACGUGGCACAUAGCGGCCGGCUCAACCAAUUAACAAAAAGCAACAACGGCAGCGUGACAUGGGGGGCCUGGUGCACAGACCUGCUGGACGAUAAACAGUACCUACAGGUUGAUCUGGGACAAGUGCGAAAUAUAUCAGGCGUGGCUACUCAGGGCUAUAGCCGAGGAGGCUGGGUUACUGAGUACAUAAUCCGUUACAGCAUGGACGGGAAGGACUGGGACAUAUACCGUGAGAAUAACACAGACGAAGCCUUGGUAUUCGAUGGAAAUUGGGAUACUGAUACAGUAACUGGCCAGCGGUUUCAGCGCGUAUUCUCUGCGCGCUUCGUUCAGUUUAACCCGGUCACGUGGAACACGCCGGGCAGCAUCUGCAUGCGGGUAGAGCUGUACGAGUGUGUCAAGUAUUCAGGUUGCACCAGCGAAACCUCAUCCUCGUACACACCCACGAGCCACCAACCCCAAGAGCACAGCUCGCUGAGACCAACAGCACGUGCAACCACGCCCACUACUAGAUACCGAGGAGUCCUGGUCCGAGCAGCAGACGACUCCGCCGCCACGACGCACGCACUGGGUUCAAUAUGGGCGUGCUCUGUUCUACUGAUAGCAUUUGUACUCUUAGUCUAGUCUAGAAUAUUCGAUUUAUAUGUGAGAGGCAGGGAGUGCAAGAACAAGGGCAACACAUGCGCAAGGAAAUUAAGCAGUUGUAUUUUCUUGAGCAUGCUUUCCAGUGAGAAUCUAAAAUAACUGGCAUUGCGGUGUUGCUCUCGGUUUGGAUGAGCAAACCUGACGAUUAGAAAGAUAAGUGCAAAUUUAAAAAUAUAGCAUGACAGAUGUAUUAAUUCUAAUAUCAGUGUUAAUCCGAGUUAGAAAUUCAAGAGUACUUUUUUAUUUUUAUUUGUCAGUAUGGUAACUUUAAUAAGUUCUGUUCUUACUUGUACAAAAUUAUUCGAACUUCUUAUAGCUUUUUUAAUUGAUAGGGUGCAAAUAUAGGUAAUUGGGCAUAUUGUUUGUAAAUAAUUAUUAUUUAUAAUAAGUGCAAGUUUUAUUUGCACGUCAGAUUGGGAGUUAAAAAUAGCAGAAAAAAUAAACGCAGAAAAAAAAAGAUGAAUGGUCUGCUAUUAGUACCCCUCCUCGCGUCUAAUUCUUAUCCCUGCCAUGCUACGCUAAGCGCACAUAAGCGGAGCAUCAAAUAUGAAUAUGUUAGAUACAUUUGAAGGUAACGCUUUCAGAACGUAUUCAUUUAUAUUUUUUUCUAUAAAGUUGUGCGGCAUAAAUUAAAAUAAACGUGAUAUUACACAA